AGCUGCGCACCUAUUGUGGUCAAUAUUGCCAUCUGGCAGCAUCAAGUAAGACAUCAGCGUUGACAUUUAUCACAGUGGACAUUCGCAAGAAUGAAGGAAGACGUGGGGCUUAUCUUUGAUCAGGGGUGCUGGUGAAUGCCCUUGAUACAGUACUUGAGGUGGAAAUGGGCUAACCUACUUAACAGAAUGGACGACAGAUUAAGAUUGCGACAGAUGCAGGAGCUGGACCACGUGAGAAAUGAGUACCAGAUUUGUAAGAGAAAGUUGGAUAGCAAGUGUGAGGCCCUGCUUAUUCUGACCAAAGAACUUGAUGGCUGUCGAAGAGAAAGAGAUCAACUUCGCCUUAUCAUUGAACAACAAAGAUACAGACAGGGCAAUGCCAAGAUGUUCAUACCAACCUCCCCAACCCGACAGAGCAUAGACCAUGUUAUGAGAAGCCAAGCAUUACAGGUGGAGGUUGAUGAUCUGAAGCAAAAAUUACGAGAUGCAGAUGGUGAUAUCAAGUUACUGCGCGAACAAAUUGCACGGCAGCGCAUGGGAACAUCUGAAGAAGGCAUGAACAUGAGGCACUUUCCUGCACACGAAAGAGAAGAACUUGUGACUAAACUGGAAGACAUGCAGGAAAAGGUUUUGGUAGCAGAAAGAGAUGUGCAACAAGUUUUAGAUGAAAAAGAAGACCUGGAAACAGAAAGAGAUGCCUACAAAACUAAAUAUGAACGUCUCAACAGGGAGCUGAACUACAUUCUUAAGGGUGAUGAGAACAGGAUUUUAGACAUUGAUGCUUUAUCCAUGGAAAACAAGUAUCUUCAAGAAAGGUUAAAGCAAAUGGAAGAGGAGAAGUGUAUUGCCAUGGCAACUGUAACUAAGUAUAAAAGUUUGUUGGAAAGAAGGAAAAAUAAAGGCAUUUUGAAAAUGGGCAGUGUCCAAGGUGGCAAGACCCCAGGUGGAUUGAUAGUUUCACAAAAACAGGUGCACGAGGUAUUAGAGCAAGCUGCUCAGAUGCCUCCAACAAUGAAAACUGUGAUGGACCUGGUUUCCCUGUCCAGGGGACUGAUGGAUUCUAUAAAUGACAAAAACCUGGCCCUGUCUCAUCAGAGGAAAACAAACAAGAUUCUAGGGAACAGGGUUGCUGAACUGGAAAAGAAGCUGAGAACUUUAGAAGUUGGUGGCUUGUGGAAUGUCACAGAACUAAGUGCCAGCUUUGAUCGGUUGAGGUCUGAGUUUGUGAACGGCAGUUGUGACUUGAAUAGAGAUUCUUCAGUCAAUGGGCAAAAUGGGGAUGAUAAAGUCGUGGAAGAUGAUCGGGACGAUGGUGCAGAGGUUAAGACAUUGGUUGGAGCCAGUGGUGACUCUCACCAGGCCUCGGAGGACAGUAUGAGCAACCUUGGGACAUCUGAACUGAGCAGUUUAACUAGUUCACCCUCUCACGAACCCUCCCUGUCUUCUUCAGUUGAUGGUCCCCAAUACAAUGCUAAGAGUCAGGGUACUACUGCUACUGCUGAUGAUGGUGGUGAUGAUAAGGUCAAUGGAAGAGAGGAACAUGAAGAUGAUAAAAUACUGAAAGAAUCUUUACCUCUUGCCAUUAAGUCAAACAAGGAUUUGGAGCAUUUGUCUGCUCACGAAUCUGACAUGCCAAAAGUAAAGGCUACUGAUGUACACAAAUCUUCUCCUGAAUGUUUUAAAGAAAGGUUAGAAGGUCAACUCAGUCUGGUUGGUGUUUCAACCAAAAGUUGUUCCUCAUUAUCAGGUGAACAAGAUCAGAGGGAGAACAGUUCUCUUCAGUUGGAGGCAGAACCACAAACCCCUUCUAAUGUGAAAGUCUUCUCCAAGACUUCAUUAUACCAGACUGGUAAACCAGCAAUAGAUGGCACUGCUCAACAGGAUGAGACCAAAAAGGAAAUGGAUGAAGGCUCUGAUGUCAGUGAGGAGGAAGAUCAGAUUAAAGGACAUUCUGAGUUGAUUCAGAAAGGGUACAUGCCAGUGAGCCAGGAGGAUUUCCAGGAUGAGGAUUCAUACCAAGAAUCAGAUGAGGAUGAGGAGGAAGAUGAUUAUGAUGGUGAUGCUGACAUCAGUGAUAGUGACCUGCACUUGCAGGUGUCUCCCCCUGGUGACUCUGAUGUGCAGGCCUUGUCAGCAGAACUGCAUGGGCUGAUAGAAGCCAUAAGGUCCAAAGUCCAUGAUUCUGCGCCUGCUGACACAUUAGAAGAGGAGGAGGAGGACCUAGAGGAUGAGAAGACGGAGAAAGAAGAGAAUAUUCAGUCCUCUUUGUUUCAUAGGGACGAUAUCAGGAUGCUAGAGAGAGACAGACCAAGUGAAUGUUGAUCCUGUCAGAAGUCUCUUCCAUACUGAUUGUAUCAAGGAAUAUUGAAUAGAUUAGACUCUGUUGUCAAUAUUUGGGUUCUGAAGUGCAAAAGUGAAAAGAGUGAAUGAAAGUGAAUGUUCAUGCUUUCAUACCUGUCCCUCUGUCAUUACAUAUACAAGUGUACUAAGCAUGCAAUGUGAAAUUAGAACUGUGUGAAAAUUAAAAAAUCUCACCACUUACAUUGCUAGCAGACUAGUUUUAGAAUACCUCAUAUCCUAAAAGUGUAUAGGGUAUUUUUAUGUUCCAUCACUGUAAAUGGAACCCACAUUUUUCAAUCCUCUGUGGUACAUUUUUCAAUCCUGUUUGGUAAAAAAAAAAUUGAAUUAUAACCAAAGGAAUAUGAAAUUUAGUGUUAGAUUACCUCAUAUCCUUUAAGUGUGGAGAUCAAUUAAGGGUAUUUUUAUGUUCCAUCACUGUAAAUGGAACCCACAUGCUUUAAUCUUCUUUGGUAAAAAAAAACUUUGUUUGAAUUAUAAGCAAAGGAAUAUGGAAUUUCACUUUUUUGUCUAAGGUGAAAAUAUGGCUGUAUAAUUAUACUGCUUUCAUUGUGUCUUAGUAAAAAUUAAUUGCAUUUGAAUGAAAUGCUGGCUUUGUUUCAUAUAAGACCUAAGUGGUUUCAGAAAACCACUGUUUGCAUGUCUUUCAAUUUAAUUGAUUUUCCAACAAGGAAGAUUAGAUAUACCAUUAUGUUCUUUAAAUUGCAGAGUACUUUUAACUGAAGAGACAUUCCUAAGGGCGCAUUCCCAUAGAUUUUAGAUCCAUCUAUCCCCGUGGGGAGUCUC